UACUACUGCUGUCAUCGCUACUGCUGUUAUUAUUGUUGUUUUAAGGAAAUUUUGUUAUUGUAUGAGACUAUAGAGCGCUCAGAUCGGAAACCUAUGCGCCGGCGUUUCAAAGCAAAAUCGCUGCGGACGAAGCUAUUGAGCCUUUUGUUCCACAAGUCCACAUACGAUAGCCUCAUGGACCUAACAAUCAAUGGCACCUACAAACUUUUGGACAAAGUUGGUGGUGGAUCGUUUGGCGACGUCUAUAUAGCCAAAAACAUUGUAACGCAGGAACUAUUCGCUGUCAAAAUCGAAACGAAUUACGUUGAUUGCGAUGGUCAGCUGCAUCGCGAGUACGAUGCAUACAAAGAGUUUGACGGUCCCCAAGCUUAUUACUUUCCGCAGCCCAAAUACUAUGGUGUCGAAGGAAGGUACAACUGCCUGGUAAUGGAUUUGAUGGGCCCAUCACUAGAAAACGUUUUCCAUUUAUGCCGUCGGAAAUUCUCGUUAAAAACUAUCGUACAACUUGGUGAACAAAUGCUGUCUCGCAUCGAAUUUAUUCAUAAAAAGGGAUGGCUUCAUCGAGAUAUCAAACCGGAUAAUUUCUGUAUGGGGCUUGGCAAGAAGGAACACAUAUGCUUUGCAGUGGAUUAUGGAUUGGUCAAACGCUUCAAAGACCCGGUCACCCGAAGGCACAUAUCAUUCAGGGAUGGUAAGAAUCUGGUUGGUACCGCGCGCUAUGCUAGUCUCCAUUCUCACAAAGGCUACGAGCUAUCGAGACGAGAUGAUCUCGAGUCUCUGGGUUACUGUUUGGUGUAUUUCUUCAAAGGGAAGCUACCGUGGCAAGGCAUCCAAGCCGAAACAAACGAAGAAAAGUACCACAAAAUCUACAAAUUCAAGAAGAAAACGAGCAUAGAAAAACUCUGUGAAGGCAUGCCCGAACAAUUUGUGCAUUAUUUUCAGUAUGUGCGCAGUUUGGAUUUUAAAGACAAGCCAGACUAUCCCAAGCUUCACGGCCUAUUUGAAAAAGUGAUGAAAGACCAUAAAUGGGAGACGGACAACAAGUUCGAGUGGUUGGGUAAGGCAUCAUAUCUGUCCAGUAUCAAAGCACGAUUACCGCCUACAAAAGAACCUGUAAAUCCAGUAGCGACACCUGCACUCAAGCCUACACUGAAUUUUGCUUCUGGAAAAGCACAGCCGAAGAAGCGACCGACCAAAUCUCAAAAGAAGAGACAGGCUCUUGCUGAAGGAAAACCUAUCCGAUUAAAACCUAAUAAAUACAUACCCAAAGCCAUGCGCGCUAGGUUGGGAAUCACCCAAAAAACGAUCCCACGCGAAGAGUUCAAGAAACUUUGUGUAUAAAGUGUUAAAUACAAUACAUACACCUCUGCC